GGAAAUGGCUCCGAAAACUGGAGAAACCGUCGUUGAAAAAAUGGAGGUAGAUGAAGCUAAGCAAGAUGUCCCAGCCACCGAGCCAGCAAAAGAUCUCAACGCAAUUGCAGUUGAAAAUAUCAAAGAACAAUUAGCUGCUCUCGACAAAGGAGAAGAACAUUUGAUCACUCGCGUGUUGCAAGUAUUGCCGAAAACUCGCAAGCAGAUCAAUGACAACGUUCUUUACAAACUCGUGUCUUCACAUUUAAGCAGUGAUGCUCAGUUCGCCGAAGGAAUGUUGAAGUAUUUGCAUUACACACCCGCCGCUGAUACUGAAGUUCAGCCAAUGGAUACUUCGAAUGUCAAAACAAAGUCUCCAAAAAAAGGCGUCAAACCAGUGUUUGCAUCUCCCGAAUCAGAUUGCUACUUGCGUCUUCUCGUUUUGCUUCAUCUUUAUGCUCAAAAAAAGAAUACCGAAGCUCUUGCUCUCGGCGAGAAUCAACUCACAUCAAUUUACAACUUUGAUCGGCGUACACUGGAUGGACUCGCAGCAAAAACCCUUUAUUUCCUCUGUGUGAUCUACGAACGAGAAGGACGUCUUUUCGAUCACCAGGGAUUCUUGAACUCUCGACUCCGUACUGCAACUCUCCGUAAUUUCUCCGAGUCACAAGCCGUUCUGAUUUGCUGGCUUCUUCGCUGCUACUUGAUCAACCGUCAAUAUCAAUCAGCUGCUCAUCUUGUCUCCAAAGUUGCAUUCCCAGACAAUGCAUCUAACAAUGAUCUUGCCCGCUACAUGUACUAUCAAGGACGUAUAAAGGCUCUUCAACUCGAUUACAAUUCGGCGGCUGGAUAUUUCUUGCAAGCUCAGCGAAAAGCUCCACAAGAAGGUGCCAUUGGCUUCAAACAAGCUGUUCAGAAGUGGGUUGUUGUCAUUGGUCUUCUACAAGGAGAGAUUCCUGAUCGAAGUGUGUUCCGUCAACCAAUUUAUCGCAAAUGUCUUGCUCACUACCUGGAUCUCAGUCGAGGCGUUCGCGAUGGAGAUGUUGCUCGUUUUAAUCAUAAUUUGGAGCAAUUCAAAACACAGUUUGAAGCUGAUGAUACUCUCACAUUGAUUGUUCGUCUGCGUCAAAACGUCAUCAAGACUGCAAUCAAGCAAAUUUCUUUGGCGUAUUCCCGAAUUUAUAUCAAGGAUAUUGCCAAGAAGUUGUAUAUUACUAACGAGACAGAGACUGAAUACAUUGUGGCGAAGGCUAUUGCCGAUGGAGCAAUCGAUGCUGUUAUCACUUCUGAUGUUCGUGAUGGACCUCGGUACAUGCAAAGUUCAGAAACAGCUGAUAUUUAUCGUACUUCGGAGCCACAAGCUCACUUCGAUACUCGUAUCCGUUACUGCCUCGAAUUGCACAAUCAAGCUGUCAAAGCUCUCAGAUAUCCACCAAAGAAGAAGAUCGCUGUUGAAACUAUUGAGCAAGCUCGUGAACGCGAGCAGCAAGAGUUGGAAUUCGCCAAAGAGCUGGCUGACGAAGAUGAUGACGAUUUUUAAACCGAUCACUCACUUUUUUAAUUUAUUCUGAACAAUGCAUUGGAACGUGUCUGUCUCCGUAAAUAAUUUUGUGUGUAUUUUAUUUGAAUUUUCUCGUCUCUUUUCAAAUCGAGAUCCCUGUCCACUUUUUUCCCACACCCGAAUGAAUUUUAUAAGGAUGAAUUGCAUAUUUCACCAAGUCUUUUUAAAAUAUAUUUUGUUUAAAAUUGGUAUUUUUCACCGAUUUUAUUUCUGAAUUAAGUAGUGUUAAAAGAGAAAGAUCGUCUAAAAAAUAAUCUUCAAUUCUAUCGUGAUAGAAAUCCAUGAGUUUUCGAAUAAAUACUGUAUUGCAACAUCU